AUGAAACAAACUCUUAUAAAUCGCCUGAAUAAGCAACUGAUUUAUAACGGGAAUAACGUCAAGAAAGCUCUUUUUAAUGCGGAAUUAAGACAGCUUGUAAAUAAUUAUAUAACAUGUAAAAGACAUUUUUCCAUAGACACGUUAAAGGUGCCCAGGUUGGGUGAUUCAAUUACUGAAGGUGUUAUAAAUUCGUGGAAAAAAAAAGUUGGUGAUUAUGUAUAUUCAGAUGAGACAUUAGCAGUUAUUGAUACAGACAAAGUAAGUGUUGAUAUAAAUUCGAAAUCGUCUGGAGCAUUACAUAAAAUAUUUGCUGAAGAGGGCGACGUAGUUUUAGUUGAUUCUCCUUUAUGCGAAAUUGACACUUCGGCGCAACCAAGUGAAAAUGAUAUAAGGAAAAACGACGAAGUAGAUCAUGAAAACAAAUUAGAAGUUAAUGAUGAAAUAGAAUAUACAAAUAAUGAUGAAGAUAUAAAAAUUAAAGAAACUAAUGUAGAUACAAAAAACAGAAAUGAAAAUAAUUUUGCGGAAUCGUCAUCCUAUCAAUAUAAUAAUGAAAGGACUGAAAAACGAAUUCGUAUGUUACCAAUGAGAAAAAGAAUUGCAGAAAGAUUAAAGGAAUCACAAAAUACAUGUGCUUUAUUAACAACAUUUAAUGAAUGUGAUAUGAGCAAAGCAAUACUUUUAAGAACUGAAUUAAAAGAUAUUUUUCAAAAAAAAUAUGGAUGUAAAUUAGGGUUUGUGUCAUUAUUUUUAUAUGCAUCAACAUUAGCCUUAAAAAAAAUGCCACAAGUUAAUGCAUAUAUAGAUAAUGAUGAAAUUGUAUAUAAAAAUUAUAUAGACAUAUCAGUAGCUGUAGCUACACCUAAUGGCUUAACUGUUCCAGUUAUUCGAGAUUGCCAAAAUAAAAACUUACCACAAUUAGAAUUAGCUUUAUCAGAUCUAGCUGCAAAAGCUAAAAAUAAUAAACUAUCAUUAGAUGAAUUUACAGGAGGUACAUUUACAAUAUCGAAUGGUGGAGUAUUUGGUAGUAUGCUAAGUACCCCUAUUAUUAAUAUGCCACAAUCAGCCAUAUUAGGUAUGCACACAAUAAAAAAUAGGGCAGUAGUGGUUAAUAAUGAAAUAGUUAUUAGGCCUGUUAUGUAUUUAGCUUUAACUUAUGAUCAUAGAUUAUUGGAUGGAAGAGAAGCCGUACAAUUUUUAUGUACAAUAAAGGAUUAUAUCGAAAAUCCAAAUCUUAUGUUAAUAGACAGUUAUGGAUGA